AUGUUGCUUCCUUCCCGUGUUUCUUUAAGACGUGCUGUACAUCCUGCAUUGAUUCGAGCUGCUAGCUCUUCGACCGGGCGAUACAAUGGUCUUGCGGACAUUCUCGAAAAGCGACCUGACGAUGUUGUCAUUACGUUUGCGAAACGUACAGCUGUUGGGAAAGCAAAGAAAGGUCAACUGAAGGAUACCCCAGUUGAUGAACUUUUGCAUGCGUUGUUCAAGGCAACCCUGGAGAAAACAAAGCUGGACCCUUCCAAAAUUGACGAUAUCUGCGUGGCAACUUGCCACCCACCUUCCCCGUUAUAUGUAUCACGGGCUGCAGCCAUUGCGGCGGGGAUACCCUACCAAGUGCCAAUCUCAGUUGUGAACAGGCUUUGCUCUUCGGGGUUAAUGGCGAUUCGCUCCAUUGCCCAUUCCAUUCAAACUGGAGAGGCUUCACUUGGACUGGCAGUUGGCGUGGAGAGCAUGAGCUUAAAUCCUAGGCCCACCCCCGAAGUUGUAGAGGCAGUCUCUGAGCACCCUCAUGCGUAUGAUUGCAUGCAGCCCAUGGGCUGGACUUCAGAAAUGGUCGCUCAGGCGUAUAAUGUGUCGCGCAAAAAGCAAGACGAAUAUGCGUUUAUAUCCCAUAGCAGAGCAAGCAAGGCUGUGUCCAAGGGAAUUUUCGCGGAUGAAAUCAUUCCGAUCGAAUUAAAGGGUCAAGUAGUUUCCGUCGAUGAUACCGUUAGGCCAGGUGUUACCCUCGAAGGACUUGCCAAACUGAAGCCCGCGUUCCCUAACUGGGGAGAAGCGAGCACUACAGCUGGAAAUGCCAGUGGGGUAGGUGAUGGGGCAGGGCUUUGCAUUUUGACUACCCGUGCCAAAGCAGAAGAAGAAGGCAUGGAAAUCGUUGGCAAAUAUAUCACAUCAACGGUGGUUGGUGUGGAACCCCGGUAUAUGGGCAUUUCACCUAUCUUUGCUAUUCCAAAAGUGCUUGAGCAAGUAGGAUUGACCAAGGAAGAUGUCGAUGUUUACGAGAUCAACGAAGCGUUUGCCUCCCAAUUUGCGUACUGCGUAGAGGAAUUAGGCGUACCAAUCAAAAAGAUAAACCCCAAAACAUUUCCGCUGACAAAUGGCCAAGCUGGUGUGCGACAAGUUGUGACUGGACUCGCAGAACUCAAAAGAAGGAACGGAGAUAUUCUUUUGACAAGUAUGUGCGUUGGAAGUGGAAUGGGUGCUGCCGGUAUCUUCGUGAACGAAGCAAAGCAGUAG